AGUUCAAAUCUUAUACCUUUGUGUUUGGGUAUUAUGUUUUUCCAUUAAAAUAAAAAUGUCCUAGAAAAGGGUACUACAUUAAGCAAUAAUCAACCAACUGGUUUGUAGCAUUUCAGGUUUACUGAACAGUUUCCUAAUGAAAUAGGAAACAGGACAGAUAAAUAUUCAUGUACAGAGAAAAGGAUAAUCUAGAAUUUGGAAGAGAAUGUAGGAAAGAUGAAUCCAUGUAAUUUCCCCAUAAUGAACCCUGUACAUACAGGGGCAAUAGGAACAAGGAUUUAUGUGGUGGUUGCUAUGUUCCAGGCACCGCACUAAACACUUUACGAAUAUUAUCUCAUUUAAUCCUCACAACAACUCUAAGAGGUAGGUGCUGUUAUUAUUCCCAUUUUAUAGUUGGUGCAACUGAGGCAAAUUAAGGUUAACUAACUUGCUCAGGAUCACAUAGCUAAUAAGUGUCUAAGCUCAGAUUUGAACUCAGUCCUCCUGACUCCAAGCCCAGUGUGCUAUCCACUGUCCCACCUAGCAGUAUAAAUGUGCCUCUGUGAGGCAAUGGGGAGGGGGGUUGGAGAGGAGGGAUUCCCAAGGGACAAAAAGGGCAAAAACAAUUUUUUUCCCAAUUUUGCCCAGGACUAGCUUUGUUUAUGGUUAUAAACCUUCCUCUCUCUGGUGAGUACAGUCCUGAUGCAAUUCUCAUUAGUACAUAUCAGGUCUUUAUUGAACCAUUGGAAAUACUUUGUUCCCCCUGAAUUAUAGACAAGAUAAAACAAAUUAGUUGGGACUCCCUCUGCUAGGAUUUUGGAUGGAGGGUAAUGGAAAUGUCUUCACUCUAGGUUCACUGAUAUCUUCCUAGAAUCUGCUAGAAUCAUGGGAAUUUGGAAUCCUAUAAAUUCACUUGGGCUCAUAUUCUAUAAGUCUUUCAAAGCUAAUCUGAAACCAGUGUUUUUGAUUCUCUCCUAAACUUAGGCAAGACCCUCUGAUCUGCAAGUGAGUGACAAGGGCUUCCCUAGAGAACGGUAGCUGUGAAACUGGAAUAGGUGUGUCCUCUUGGUAUGGUGGUUUUGUUUUUUUUUUUUUUUACUAGCUGCAUGAGGAACUUGGGUGAUGGCCUUCUCUUUGCCCGCCCAUUUGGGGAGAGAUUAAAGCCAUUGAGGUUGGCCUUCCUCUUCUUACUCAUUGAAAACUACAUCUUCACUGCCACUACAGCUGCAGCUUGCAGACAGGAUAGGACACAGGAAAGGUAAGUUAAAAGAAAAUAUGGCUUAUGAACCUAGAUCACUGCAUUCUCCUGACUUGGGAAAAAAUGGGUGAGAAUACAUGUGAAUGUAUAUAUAUGUAUAUAUAUAUAUUUAUCCCCAUGUGUUUAUUAUGUAUAUCUAUGUACAUAUGUGUAUAUGUAUACAUAUACACUUUUGUCUGUGUGUAUCCAGCAACUCACAAUAGAAAAGUAUUAUCAACAUGGGAAUUUUUUUUAUUAUUUUACUUGAUCUUGAUGCUCUGUCAUUGCUCUAACUCCAUAAAUGAAGGAAGCAUAUCAUAUACUUUUUUUAGUAAGUAUGAAUUGAAUUGAACUGAGAUAAACUAUUGGCAAUCAAUUUUUUUUUAUAAAUUUAGGAACACUUCUCUUACAAAUCAUGGAUGGAGUGACCAUCAGAAACUUAAAGUAGUGUUGAAAAUAUUUCUGUGAUCUCAACUAAUGUCAGGAAAAAUGGGUCAGAUAUAAUUGGAAAACCAGACCAAGUACAAUUUUGUGAAAAAUUCAAGAUUUUGUGUAACAUUCGAUGGGAUGAUCUCAAUAAAGAGCACAACAUGGAUGUGAUUGCUAAGUUGGAGGUCCAUCAAUAAGUUUGUGGGGAGGGGUUCUCAUUUUAAAGGAAUGGAUUCUUGGUAUUUGGGGACAUUUUUCUUUUUUCCAGUUAUUACCAUCACAUCUAAAUGAGUCUUGUAAUACUAUGUGAUAGAUUUGUGUUUGGUUCUGAGAUGCCUGCUGUUUGGUCCAGAAUAUGUUUAUAUUUUGGGGGGGGGGGUUUGGUUCCUUUUUUGUGUUUUUUGUCUUUCCAGAAACAGAAAAGAUUAAGCUAAGUUGGCAUAAAUAAUUUCCAACUCUGGUUUUCUGAAUGGUUUUAAAGCUUUCACUUCUUUGCUCCCAAAGUGUGUGUUUUUUUUUUUAAUUAGGUAAUAGAACAUGUUAAUAAUGGCCUUUCUCAUGACUAACUUACUAGCAAUCAUUCUUUGGGGGUGGAAAGGAAGGGUAUAUCUCCCUCAAGUUUGACUAUCAGCAUGUUUCCACAGGAUUCUCUGAGAAGAAUAUUCUCUUCAAUGCCACUUAAGUGUCACCAUGUUUUCGGAGUGCUUUGAGACCACUAAUGACUACUAUCUCCUCUGUAAUACAGAAGAAGCAUGGGGCAUUGUUCUAGAGUCACUGGCAGCCAUAGGGAUAGUAGUAACAAUUCUAUUCCUCUUGGCACUGCUCUUUCUCAUGUAUAAAGUUCAAGACUGCAAUCGAUGGAACAUCCUCCCCACCCAAUUUGUCUUCCUCCUGAGUGUGUUGGGCCUCUUCAGUCUCACCUUUGCCUUCAUCGUCAAACUCAAUCUACAGACUGGUCCUGUACGCUACUUUCUCUUUGGCGUCCUCUUUGCUCUCUGUUUUUCCUGCCUCUUGGCUCAUGCAUCUAACCUGGUGAAGCUGGUCCGAGGAAGAGGAUCCUUCUCAUGGCCAACACUAUUGGGCAUUGCUAUUGGUGUCAGCCUGUUACAGAUCAUCAUUGCAAUCGAGUAUGUCACCCUCAUGAUGAACCGAGGUCCAAUGUUUAUACAUAUGACCAUAAAUCAACUUAAUGUAGACUUUGUUGUGCUUUUAACCUAUGUCCUCUUCCUGAUGGCCCUAACCUUCUUUGUAUCCAAGGCCAUCUUCUGUGGCCCUUGUGAAGCCUGGAGGUGCCAUGGUACAUAUAUCUUCAUCACUAUGGUCUUCUCAAUCAUUAUCUGGGUAAUAUGGAUCACCAUGCUCCUAAGAGGCAACCCCCAACUACAACAGCAGCCCAGAUGGGAUGAUCCUGUCAUCUGCAUUGCCCUGGUCACCAAUGCCUGGGUCUUCUUGCUGACAUACAUUGUGCCCGAGUUCUAUGAUCUCUACAGAUCAUGUAAUAAUGACAAUGCCUUCCAAGCUCCAACCUUCCAGCAGAGCUUCAAACUGGAGACCCAGGAUCUUACUCGAGCCCGAGACAGUGAUGGAGCUGAGGAAGAUAUAGCACUAACUUCAUGUGGUAUCCCUAUUCAACUACAGACUGUUGAUCCAAGUCAUGAGUAUUUCAUUCCACGGGCCAAAGUCAACCUCCAACAGGAUGCAGGAUUAUAAAGGCAACAAGAAACAGCAAUGAGAAAUUGGGAAGAGAGAGUCUACCUAAGCAAUUGAUUAAUGGGCUUCAAUAGAGAUAUCAUCACAAUAUUUGAAUUUACAGAAAUCACCAUGCAACAGAAGCACCUGCCUCUCUUUGCUUCUUUUCUGGUCUACAAGGAGCCCCCCCCCCAACAGUUCUUCAUCAGAAAACCAUUUACUUUCUAGAAAAUUACAAUCUUGCUGCCCACUCUACCUUCACUGAGUCUCUCUUUAUUCAUUUACUUCAGUGAGAAAUUUACAUCUCUUAGCAAUAAUUCCUUGUUAAACUUGGCAUCUAAUUUUAGAAUUUAAAGCAAGUUGAAGAUAAACUCCCUUAUUUUACAGAUGAGUAAACCAAGGACUGAAGAAGUUAAGUGACUUGACCACAUGGUCAAUAAAUAAUCCAGGCACAAAUGAAACCCAGACCUCUGCCCUCAAAUAUAAUUCUCUUUUCAUUAUGUAAGAUUGCCUUGUACUGAUGGACCCGGCAGGUCCUUGUCUAAAAGAAUUGUCAUUCCCUUUAUAUGGCAGAAAAGGAAGAUCAUAAUGUACUAGAGAAUUAUCCCCUGUCUGCUUUUAACACUCUGACUCCUGUCUUUUGUGCUCAGAUUUUUAGUGGUCCCUUUAUCAUUCCAUUAGAACCUGAAAACCCAAACUACACUGGCACAAAUCUUGAGAAGUCUGCAGGCUUUCUCCCAAAGUAUGACUGCUCAGUAGAGCAGCAGACCUGGAAUAAGGUCAGUGACUUGUCUGAUGAAUCAGUAACACCAAAAGCAAAAGCAAGCCAAUUUAUACUCAUAAAGGACUUUUAAUAGUGAAUAUGAAAAGUCUGCCUGGCUUCUGUUUCUAACAUACAAAUGUCUUUGAACUUGGUGUUUCUAACACACAUUUGCCUUAAUGAUUAUGCCUUUAUGGAUUUCAACAUCUGUCCAGAAGAUUAAUUGAUUUUGUUGAAAAGAGCAUUUACUUCCUUAUUUCUUGGACAUUUUCAAUAUCCAGUUCAUUCUGGAAUAAAAUAACUAAUAAAAAGAAUA